AUGGCAUCUGCAGAUGUGAGAAAGGAUCUGCUGGACUGUUCUAUCUGUCUGAACAUUUAUACGGAUCCUGUAACACUGAGAUGUGGACACAACUUCUGCCAGGAUUGCAUUGAUCAGGUGUUGGACACACAGGAAGGAUCUGGAGUUUAUUCCUGUCCUGAAUGCCGAGCAGAGUCUGUGGAGAGGCCUGUACUGGUAAGGAACAUAACCCUGUGUAACAUCGCAGAGAGUUUCCUCUUUACUCAGCCAGCUCAGGAGGAGACUGGAAUCUUCUGCACUUACUGUGUGGACUCGUCUGUACCUGCUGUUAAAUCCUGUGUGUUGUGUGAAGCUUCUCUGUGUGAUAAACAUCUGAGAGUCCACAGCAAGGCACCAGAACAUGUCUUAACUGAACCCACCACCUCCCCGGAAAAAAGGAAAUGCUCCAUCCAUAGGGAGCUUCUGAAGUAUUUCUGCAUCAAGGACUCUGUAUGUAUCUGUGUGUCUUGUAGGUUGGAUGGAGAACACCAGGGACAUCAAGUAGAAAUGCUGGAUGAGGCUUCUGGGAAGAAAAAGAAAAGACUGAGGAAUGUUCUGCAGGAACUGAUCACCAAGAGAGAGGAGACCGAGAAAAGAGUCCGGAAUGUGCAGGAACGCAAGAGCAAAGUACAUAGGAGAGCAGAUAAAGUAGCAAAGGAGGUCAGCGCCUUGUUCACAGAAAUCAGGAGACAGCUUGAAGAUCUGGAGAAGAGGGUCCUGAGUGAGAUCUCCAGGCAGAAAGAUGAGCUUUCACUCUCCAUCUCUGACCUAUUACAGCAGCUGGAAUUAAAGAAGGAUGAACUGUCCAUGAAGAUUCAUCACAUUGAGGAGCUGUGUAACAUGACUGAUCCAAUGACUGUCUUACAGGGACCAGACAUGGGUGAUGCUGAGGAGAGAGAUGACAAAGACCAAGAGAGACAAGAAAAGCAUCUCCCUGAUGGAGGUCAUCUGGAUGUGGGUUUUAUCUCACAAACAUUGCACACAUUAUCUCGUAUGAUGAGAGAUGUAAAGAUAGGGAUCCAUAUACCAAAACCUGCAGACAUGUUCCUGGAUGUAAACACAGCUCAUAAUGAGCUCCAUAUCUCAGAUGACAGGAAAACUGCAUCCUGUUCAGAAAAAAAGCAGAAUCGUCCAGAGAUACCAGUCAGAUUUCAGCGGUUUUAUAAUGUAUUGAGCAGCAGUAGUUUUUCCUCCGGGCGGUAUUACUGGGAAGCUGAGUGCUGUAAGGCAGCAUGGUGGAAGAUAGGGAUGUGUUAUCCCAGUAUAGAGAGGAAAGGAGACCAGUCAUGCAUUGGUGAUAAUGACAAGUCCUGGUGUCUGCAAAGGGAAAAAGGUCUCUAUACAAUCAUACAUGACAGCAAAGUGAUCUACCUACCACACAAGAUUUCCAGUAACAGGGUCAGAAUCUCUCUGGAUUAUGAGGGAGGGAAACUGUCAUUUUAUGAGCUGUGUGAGCCGAUCAGACACCUCCACACCUUCACCGCCACCUUCACUGAGCCCCUUCAUGCAGCAAUAAGUGUGUUCUGGAGAAAAAAGGAUGGGGUGUAUGUAGAUAGUUGGGUAAGAAUUGUAGAUCUUCAAAGAUAA